CUGCUUCCUGCUUCCACUAUCCGACGUUUCCAUCCCAUAUCCGGAGGCCCUCACCAAGGGUUUUCAUCACCACGCCGCCCCUUAUAAGCUUCCUCCCAAUCCCCGUCUUACCGAGCCACUUCUACUCCCCCGCCCGUCCUCUCGCUCUCUCUACCCCCUUCUCUUCUCCCAGCCAGUGAUGUCUUCUUCCCAGGGCCGAAGGGGGUCUCUCCCAGGGACGAGAAGCGACGACAAGGGCGUUCUCUCUAGGGUUUCGAACUCCAUCUCCCAGUCACCCAUCGUGUACCGUGGGAAGCGCGCCGCCUCCGAGGCCGCCACAGUCACCAAGAAGCUCCUCUGGAGCACCGGCCGCGCCGCCUGGAUCGCUGGCACCACCUUCCUCGUCCUGGUGGUACCUCUGAUCAUCGAGAUGGACCGGGAACAGCAGAUGAACGAGCUCGAGAUGCAGCAGGCUAGCCUUCUUGGCACUUCCCCUCCCUCCAUGGCCGCCCCCGCCCCUCCCAAGUGAUCGUCGUUCAGGUCUCAGCUGCAGCCUACAUCUGCAGCUAGGUUUUCACUUGGGAUCCACUUGGAAUGCAUGAUAGAGUGCUUUGAGGUUCGGACGGACCAUCAAGUGUUUCUUGGUGUUGACGCUGUAUAUCAGAGGCGGGUCGAAAGUGAACUUUCAAUUUCCUUGUAGCAGAUAGAAACCACAAACUCAGUCCCCCUAGGUUACACCCGGUCCUAGUUUGCGCUUGUGCUGGAGAGGAUCGCAACUCUUGUGCAGUGUGGUAGGGAACCAAAAGCUAGUCCACGCCUUGUGCACGAAGGAUCCUCUUCCUCUGUCUAAGCAAAGACCAGGAUGCACGGUUUUGGAAUCUAGGUCAAACAUAUCUCCAGAUUCUGCUCACUAGUGGUGGGUGGGCAGUGCAUUGCGUUCAUGACCAAUCUCAGCAUCAGAGUCAGUUUCAAUUAACAUAACAAGUCUGGUACCAAGAAGAAGAAGCGUCAUGUGACAAAAAGGGAUCGGUGUCGCUUAGGCUCUCAGCAGAAUUCAUGGCAUGUCUGGUAUAAAGCAUCCAUCCUUUUUACAAUAUUUUGUCUGGAAGUUUUUAUCGAAAUACCAGUUUUUUGCCGCUAAGUAUUUCCUUAAAAUACGACACUGAUUGUGAUGGGAAUAAAAAAUAGAAGAGAUUUCCUCUAGAAAAGAAGGAACCAAGGAGUGGAAAAUAAAUGGCUGUCUUACACCUUUUUCUUAUUUAUGUUUGAUUACAGUGUCGGAAAUUUCUUUUGGCUGAGGGUGUUUUAUCCGUGGAAAGAAAAAGAAGAAAUAUAUAUGAUAAGUUUUAAAGUUUAUGACAUCUGUUCCUCGGAGUAAUUAUAUUUUGCUUCAAGAUGUUUAAUCAAUAUAAUUAUUAUUCGUUAUGCCUGCUUCUUGAACAUUGCUAUGCACAUACGGCUUUUUCUACUUCUUACACCUUUGUUUUUGUAGUAAAUGUGAUCUAAAAUUUGUUUGACAAAUAUGAGGUGUAUUUUGAGUUUCAUGCUUAUUUUAUCGGGAAAGAUAGGCUGUUAAUGUUAGAAAAAUAUAGUCCAUGAUAAGAAAGAUGGGUUGGUGACACUUCCCAUACAUACACAUACCUAUCUAAAUUUACAUACAUAUAUUCAUACAUACAUACAUACACAUAUACCUACACAUGUAUGUAUUUAAAUUUAUUGUUAUGUUGUUAUAAUUAGAUCAAUUUGUAAUUUAUCAAAGAAAAUAAUUUUAUCUUUCAUUUAUCAUAUUAGAUAGCUUUAUUUGCAUGGGAAAAUUCUUGCCGUUUAAUGCAGUAUCACGGGAGGGGUAUUUUUUUUUUUUUUUUUGUUGGGUGGGGUGGGGGACCAAGCUCCACGCUUUGUCCAACCAAAGCAGGGUAACUUUACCCCUUUUAUAUUCACUAAACUUAAUGCUAUAUAUUUUUAAUAUUACAAACCUUCCUCUCCGGAAUAACUAAAUAAAUAAAUGGAAUUGAUGAGGUGUAGAACAAUUUCAUGUAAAGAUAUACCUUUCCUGAUCGGGCGAUCACAACCGUGUUUUGCCUUGUUUUUAUAAUGCCUUGUUUUUAUAACUAGUGACGUGCAUCACAUGUGCUAGAUUUCGAUAUUAAAAUAUAUAAAUAAUAAAGUAUUAAAUUAGUAUUAUUAUAAUUAUUAUAAAAAACUAUUAUCGUAUGUAUGUAUUUAUUUGUCAUGCUAUAUGUUUGCACCGUGGAUGUUUCUGAAUCAGAAAAUUAUAUCCUAUGCUACACGCAUUAUAUGAUGGCUUACCAUGCCAAUCACCUCGGUUCAUUUCUAAUAGAUUCUAUUUCUCAUGUCCUUGGAUGAUUGGUGUGGUG